ACAGGUGUCUUUUUAAGUAAUAACGGAGUAUCUUCGUACCAACUUGGGCCGUUCUUCUCUUGUUAAAAUGUGGUGUUGCCCAAGAUGGAAACCGUCUAAAUCGUGGCUCGUUAAGAGAGUAGAGAGAGAAAUUGCAACUAAUUAAGAGUACAAAGUGUAAACUUGGAGAUCGAAAUUCCAGCAUUUCAGCAAGUGGUCUGGCUAUGAUCAAGGAAAGGGGUCUCAAAAUAGUAGAAGAUAUAUAUAUUUGAAUGAUCGAGUCAAUGAGAGUUGUUUGGAAGGACUUAAUGGCUUGUAACUUGUUUAGUCGAUUGCUAUUUUGUAUCGCGGGUUCACGGUUAUUUGUAUAGUAACAAAGAGUAGUAAGCUGUUUAGACAAAAAUACUGAUAGGAUUGAAGCUAUAAAAGAUCUCUCUAUUUUACGUUUUUUUUGUAAGGGUGAGGAAGUAAUAAGCAAUAGUUCCUCAGAUAGUCGAGGAACUUUACUUACCAAUUGCAGAUCAACUUCGUAAAUUGUAUGGUAAAACUAUGAAAUCCACGUACCGUAAAAAGAGGUGUCCAAGUCAAGUCUUCAAUUACUAAUUGCUGCAUUUGAUUAUUUUGGGAGUUGAAUUAUCCCCAUUUUCUAACAUCUCUUUUGGGUUCUUAUUUCUAGCUCAUUUCUUGUUAAUGCAUGAAACCCAAUUGUCCCACAAAACAUUAAAUUCGUACUUUGAAUUCCCACUACUUUUGCUAUAUUAGAAACUCAAGACUUAGCAACAUGCAAUUUAAGAGCUUAGACCAAUUCAAAAUCCUUUCCCUUAUAUAUGUAGUCUCAUAUUGCUCGCUUUAGGCAUCUCAUCCUUUCCAUACCAAACUAGCAACCAGCAACUUCCACAGUUGUGAUACUGAGGAUCCUUUACAAAAAUCUCCUAUCAAAAGUUACCCAAAAGGAAAGACAUGGACAAAAUGUUUUGCGUGAUCGUCUUUGGUGUUUUAGCCGUUGCAAGUAUGAUGCAAGACGCAACAGCCCAAACGGUGCAUGUGGUAGGGGACAGCAUGGGUUGGGUCAUACCGAACAAUGGAGCUGCAGCUUACACAAAUUGGGCUACUGGACAAACAUUCAGGGUUGGCGACACACUAGUGUUCAAUUUUAUGACCAACCAACAUGACGUGCUGCAAGUACAAAAAUCUUCGUUCGAUGGUUGCAAUUCCCAGAAUGCCAUAGGCAGUCCGAUACUGACAGGACCAGCAAAUAUAACACUUGACUCUGCUGGAGAUCACUACUAUAUUUGCACUUUUGGCAGGCACUGCCUAAAUGGCCAGAAAUUAGCUAUUACAGUGUCUAGCAGCACUGGUACUCCAGGAGCCAACCCGCCUAACCAGAGCAAUCCAACAACUCCUGUUGUGCCUUCACCAUCCUCUUCCAGACAAGCAGAAGCUUGUCCACCUACACCUUUUGCUGCUGAACCUUCAAGUUCCACUCCUGGUGGUAGUGCUCCUCCUCCUGCUUCAUCCUCCAAGACGAUAUUGGCUAGCUUUCUUCUCAGCCUAUCCUCGAUUGCCUUGACCAUCUUUAUUUAAUUGGAUCAACUAAGGAUGUUGCUGAGCUUCUAAUUUAUUAUACUUGAGUUUAUACUUUAUACUACGAUAAAAAUAACCUUGAGACGGAUCCUUUUUUCUUUUUACGGUUUACCGACUUGUAUUGGAUAUUUCUUUCCUGUUCUGGUCACUGGUUGUGACUUGUGUAAAUGUAUUUUGCGAGUUUUAGUAAACUUAUGGGGAAUGUUUUGCAAUC